CCUCCUCCCAAGAAUCUGCACCACUUUUUGCUGCUUCAUCUCAACUUGCAACACUGCCCUGCACCACAACACCCCCCCACCCCCCCGAAUCCUGGAUCGUCGGCAGCGGGCAGUCCAGCACCAGCAAGCAGCAUUUCGCUCCCGCUGGUCCCUCCUUUGGUGCAUUUUCACACCUACCUACCUACCUACCUACCUACCUCUACAUAUCACAUUCCCUCUCCACUGCUUCUCUCUCGCAACCGAAUUUGCGUGGAUCGCUCGAGACCACUUUUCCCCAUUCCGCCCAUUUCGCUUUGUACCUGAGCCCUGGCCGUGGUCCUGAAUUAGGCUCCCGGGCCCCGACUGUAAUCUUGCGACUUGCACCACGAGGUCAGUCCGGACAAUAACCUACCACGACACGGGUAUCCGCCCUCCACCACCAGUCCACCACCCACCCUCGUAAUCGACCAAACGCCGUAUCCAGAUCCCUAUUUAGUGGACUAGUCAUCUCUGCUCGUCUAUACUCGACUUCAUUGGCUUCGCCCAUUGAGAUUCCACCACCCAGGUCGCCCCAACACCAACAAACACCCCCGACCCCCGUCCUCCCCCGGCUGCGACUAGGGAUUAGCACUCCGACCGCCCUACCGCCAACCCGGCUCCAUCACCCUGGGAAAUCCCCUUUGCUACAGACGGACCAGAAGAGUACCUCAGUACCACCACCACCACCACACGCGUUUUCUCCACCCCCCCAAUGGCGACGACACUCUCCUCUGGCGCCGCCGCCGAACUCCCCAUCCGAUCACAGUCUGUUCGGACUCGGCGUCCCCCUACCACAUCACGACCCGAGCCACCACUGCCGCGGUCCGAAUCAACCAACAGAGCUGAAGCCUCGCGUCCCCACCGCCGGAGCAGUCAGCGAUCUGCUUCAGGAGCCACCACAGCAGCUACCACUACCACCACCACCUCCACGGCCACAUCGUCGAGACACCACCCCCAUCCUUCACAACAACAGCAGCAGUAUCACCAUCAGCAGCAGCCCGACAUGUCCGCUGCCGCUGCUGCCGCCGCCGCUCCCCACGGCCACGCCAGCGCCGGGGACGACCAUCGCAAUGGCGCCGACGCCGGCGUCUCGACACACCGCAGUGCCACCGGCACUACCAAGCAGCGAUACCGCACCGUGAUCCCCGCGCCAUCCGGUAACUAUGCCUUCAUCAAGACGAUUGGUCAAGGUAGCAUGGGCAAGGUCAAGUUGGCGAAAAAGGAGGGCACCAACGAAUUGGUCGCCUGCAAGAUCAUCGAAAGAGUAUCGCCCGACGAUGGCCGACAGUCGAGGGAAGAGCGUGAAAAGGCCGAUGCCGCUAGGGAAGACCGUAACGCCCGUGAGGCGGCUAUCGUCAGCCUUCUGAACCAUCAGUACAUUUGCGGGCUCCGCGAUAACUUGCGAACAAGGUGGCAUUGGUACAUGCUUUUUGAAUACGUUAAUGGCGGCCAAAUGCUGGACUACAUCAUUUCCCACGGUAAGCUCAAGGAGAAGCAGGCUCGCAAGUUCGCCCGCCAAAUAGCCAGCGCCGUCGACUAUUGCCACCGCAACAGCAUUGUCCAUCGCGACUUGAAGAUCGAGAACAUCCUGAUCAGCAAGACUGGCGACAUCAAGAUUAUCGAUUUCGGUCUCAGCAACCUUUUCUCCCCAGAGGAGGAUAGGAAACUCAAGACAUACUGCGGCAGUCUGUACUUUGCCGCGCCUGAGCUUCUGCAGGCAAGGCCGUAUACCGGGCCCGAGGUUGACGUAUGGAGCUUUGGCGUCGUUCUGUUUGUGUUGGUGUGCGGCAAGGUUCCAUUUGACGACCAGUACAUGCCCGCUCUCCAUCAGAAAAUCAAGAAGGGCGCGGUUGACUAUCCCAACUGGCUUUCUUCCGAAUGCAAGCACCUGAUCUCGCGCAUGUUGGUAACUGACCCCAAGCAGCGAGCCACCAUGCAGGAGGUCAUGAACCACCCUUGGAUGCUCAAGGGUUACAACGGACCCCCCGAUAACUACCUCCCGCGCCGCGAGCCCCUGACGCUUCCCCUCGACCCCGAAGUCAUCUCGCAGAUGACUGGUUUCAAGUUUGGGCCUCCAGAGUAUAUCACAGCAGAGUUGACCAAGCGCAUCAAGUCGCCCAAGUACCAGGCCGCUGUGCGCCGCCUCGAGAAGGAGAGAGAACGGCCGGAACCAAUCGCGAAGGAUGCCGAGAAAAAGCGUGGCUUUGGUUUCGAUUUCUACAAGAGAAGGAACUCGGUGACGAGCAAGGACACGCUGACUGCCGCCAGUUCAGAGGGUCUUUCCCUUGGCGAUGAUCCUCUUAACGCGUUCGAUCCUCUUAUUUCCAUCUACUACCUAGUUCGCGAGAAGCUCGAGCGCGAACGCAACCACGUCUACAUUGACUUGCAACAACCAUCCAAGGCACAGCAGCCUCCACCUUCGUCAUCACAGACAGUGAUGCCAGUACCUCCUUCUCCCGUUAUCCGACCAAAGGAGAAGCAUUCCCUCGCCGAUAUCGUGCCACCACAGCCUGUCCACAAUGCUGAGCCACGGAGCCGACAAAGGACAAGGUCGCACAGUGAGGAUCAGCCUAGGGAGCCCAUCCAGGGUGGCCUACUGUCGCCCGAUAUGGUCCCCGCUAAGAAAGAGAGCACGGCCGCCGGUAUCCUCCGCAGACUUAGCACCCGUGACAGGCGAAAGGAGCCUCCAGCAACAGCUAGCUCAACGGACGGCAAGCCGCCCCUUCGGGGUUCCAUGUCCAUGCGCGCCAAGUCGCUCGGUCACGCUCGUAGGGAGUCUAUCCAGAUGCGACGAGCCAAGCGCGAGGCUGAGGCUGCUGCUGCUCAGCAGGCUCAAUCACAAACCACAGAGCCACAAAGAAGCUACCAGAGCCACCAUCACUCUGUCCGCGAAGAGACGGAUGCUGAGCUGGUGGAUAGCGACAUAAGAGGCGAGACCUCGGGCGGUUCCAACGAGAGGCUAGAGCCCGAAGAUCCCGAUCUGGUCAAGCCUGUGUUCCUCAAGGGUAUCUUCAGCGUAUCCACAACCUCGACCAAACCUCUCUCAGAAAUACGGGCGGAUAUCAAGCGAGUGUUGCGGGUGCUUGGCGUGGAGUUCAAUGAGAUCAAGGGUGGCUUCAGCUGUCGCCACACACCCAGCAUCAACCACGCUGAACGCCAACCGACGGUAAUGACCGAAGGCGGCAACGAGAUCGAAUUCGAGAUCUUGAUCGUCAAGGUUCCGAUUGUCAGUCUCCACGGUGUCCAGUUCAAGAGGCUCGCCGGAAACACAUGGCAGUACAAGGCCUUGGCGGAGCAGAUCGUCAGGGAGCUGCGACUAUGAUGGGCUGGCUGAUGGAUUGAAAUUUGUUGGAUUAUACUGUAAGACUGCUGGCAUGGAAUGACGACAGCAUGGGAAGCGAGCGAUUGGUUUGCAGUAUCCCUGAGGGUGAGCAAAAUGUACUUUUGAUGAUUUAACAGUCUGGGUGUUCUACGUUGGUUGGGGGAGUUACCUAGCUACCUGAACCUUGCCCCUUAAUUGUCGCGCUCAGCCUUUAAACGCGGAGUCCUAGGUCUGAGACCGGACUCCUACUCUCUCUCGCAAAACAACAAAACAAGAAAGAACAGGGACAGGUGUCACAAAUGGGGGGAAAAGGAAACAGGAAUCAUGUUUGCGGGUUGUUCUUAUUUCAUGUACUUUGCGCGCGCAGCACUCUCGCUUACACUCUCACACUCUCACAUUCUAGACUGGUGAUUGGUCUGGUUGGUCGGUCGUUUUUUCCUCACGGUUGGGCUUGUCACUACUUACAUACUCAUGUCUGAUUUUUAUACGCGUCCCUUUUUUUUUCCCGCGUGGCAUGGCAGCAGCAGCAGAAGCAGCAAAGAAGAUGUGGCUUGAUUUUUUUGUUUUGUUUUUGUUUUGUCCUCUGGCUUUUUAGGAAGGAAAGAGAGACGGGAGGGGAGGGGAAGCGGCUUUCCCGGCUUACGCUUACUCUUAUAUUAACACUUAAUACUUCUUUUUUAAUCCCUAUCAACACUACUGCGCUGAUGUACACUUGGUUUUUCUUUUUAUGUACAUGUAACUUUAAGAAGGUAAAGCAAAGGAUUUUUUGGGUAUAGUAAAAAAAAAAAAAGAAGGUCUCGUCUGA